ACACAACCUCAAACAUGGCGGACUGUUUGGACUCAUUGUUAGACGAGGUAGAAGCAAAGUUUUGUCGAGAGAUUUCACUGUCGCAUCGUCCUUCGUGCGCGGUUGAGGCCGAGCAAGACAAGCACAAGAAACAGAGGGAUAAUGACUCCGUGCACAGAUUGGAAGAAAUUGACAAUAACAUAGACGCUGUCCUUCAGGAAAUAUUAGAUGACGAUUAUCCAACCUCCAGCUCACAUAGACCUGUUUUAUCAAAGGCUGAGGUACCUUGUCCUCAAACAGCUUUAAAUAAGAAGUGUUGCCCUGUAUAUUUGGGUGGAAGCUCUAUAGCACAUGGUGUAGGAACAAGUGUUACGCAAAGGGUUUGUGACCAACUAAGAUGUACAUCUUGUGACUUUCAUGUCGUCAUAUUUGAUGACCAGGAGUGGCACUCAUCCUGUGAUUAUCUGUUUUUCAGAAACAACAUGCCAGACUGUAACAAGUUGCGAGUGAAGCUAAAGAGAAUGCAAGGUGCCCGGGCAUACGCCUGCCAGUGUAGCUGGCACUCUAUCUUCACACUGACUGAACUUAGAAACAUUCCUAAGCUCAAGUGGGUUUGUGGCCAACACACUGCGUGCUGAUAUUUGGACCUGAAUCCCAAGUUGACGCUAUUCUGAAGAAAUAAAAUAAAAAUAAAAAAUCUGGACAUGCUCUACAUUUAAAGGGAGAUGCUGGCCGUUUUCUUUCUCUAUUUUUUUUCACUGGAAAUUUGACUGUUUGAUGAUUAAAAAGAAAGGUGUUCAUGCACAUAGUAGACACAUUGCAGUUUGUGAAUGACAGUAAUAUUUUUAGAACUUUUGUACAUUUAAAAGAAUUAAUGAA